AUGACUCAUGGCCGUGCGCUGAACCGCAAGUGUAAAUGCCCACCGGGCUCCGUCCUGGUGUACCACCGCGGCCACUGGAUGUGGCACCGGCCAACAGAGGCACCAGGCCACCGGCACCAAGCCCCAGGCCACGCCCCCACGGCCGGCAGUGGCCGGCGAAAGCUGGACCGGCAAACCUUCACGGCGCAGGGGCGUGAGUGCGGGGAUGAGGGCUAUCUGCUCCCCUCCAGGAAGGCCGGCCCCGGCGCCUUCUCCAAAGUCCCCCUGGCCCACGCCACACACGAGCGCUCGCUGCACAACCCCAGGCCGGCCUCCGACCUGCAAGGCUGUCCUGGAGAGCCCGUGGCCAUCAAGGUCAUCUCCACCGCCGAGGCCCCCGUGGAGCUCUCCCGCAAGUUCCUGCCCUGUGAGAUCUCGUCACUCAACGCUACCUACAAGCACCUGAACGUGGUGCAACUGUACGAGACCUGCCACAACAGCCAGCGCUCCUGCUUGCUGCUGGAGCUGGUGGGCCGUGGCGACCUGCUGGAGCACAUCAACGCGGUGCCGCACCACCGCUGCAGCCAGGGGCUGGAGGAGGCAGCGGCCCGCAGGCUGUUCCGGCAGCUGGUCAGCGCAGUGGCCCACUGCCACUGCUUGGGCGCCGUGCACUGGGACCUAAAAUGUGAGAACAUCCUGCUGGACGACCAAGGCCUCCUGAAGCUCACGGACUUCGGCUUCGCCAGCCAGUCGGGAAUCAAGAAAGCCCUGCUGAACACCUUCUGUGGCUCCAUGGCCUACACCGCCCCCGAGAUCCUCAUGAGAAAGUACAGGGGGGAGCAGGCUGACCUGUGGAGCCUGGGCGUCCUCCUCUACGCCAUGCUGACGGGGAAGCUGCCCUUCAAGGGGCGCCGUGGCCCCAGCUUCCCACCAGGCCUGUCCCCAGAGUGCCAGGACCUGACCCAGCUGUGCCCGCCCGCGCGCCUGGACCUACGGCAGGUGGCGAUGCACCUUGCUGCACGCAUGCCGUUCUGCACUGUGCCCAGCGCCUCGCCAGAAGAGAACCCGGGGGAGCCCAGAGAGGACUCGGAGCCACCAAGGUCACUCCUGCAGCAGCGUCGCCCCCAGCAGCUGGGAACCCCCAAGAGCGCCUCUGGCCCAGCACCAGAGGCCCCAGAGGCCAGCCCAAGCGGAGCUGGGGGCUCCCCCGGGCUCAGGCCCCGAAGCACUGCAAUGGCCAACCCAGGCGUGGGCGCCUCCAAGCAGCCGCCUCCACUGUGCUCCAGGGGCGCCACCCCGCGCAUGUCGGGGCACUACCAGGUCAACUGA